AUGAGUCAACUUGAACAAGAAAACCAAGAGCUCAGGGAGGAAGUAAUCACCUUGAAAUACAGUUUGGAAAGGCUUACUGCUAUGAUGGACACUUUGGUGGCUGCUCAGAAUCAGUCAUCGAACAAUUCUCAAGAUCCAUUGCAACGAACAUCAAUCUCUGAGAACGUCUCAACACCCAUUCCAGUGGCGGCCGUCAAUGAUCAACCAUAUCACAUGGCACCUGUUUUCCCUUGGGGCAUGCCUCACGGUUAUAUGCCAACAGGAUACCGCCCUCAAAAUGUUGAAGCUCCAGUAGUGACUGCUGUGAUGUUUGUACCUCCUCCUGUGCUGCAUACAACUCCUUAUAAUGAAGAAAACAUUUUUCACGCUACUCCAAGUGAAGUUGUGGGAGUAGAUGAAAGGCUAGAGGGAUCUCAAGAUCAGUUCUUAGAAAUGCAAAGGGAAAUCAACGCUCUUCGAGAGAAAGAGAUAACUAAAAUCUUUUUGAAAACUCUGAGUUCAUUCUACUAUGACCGCAUGAUCGCCGGUGCACCCAGUGAUUUCACCGAGAUGGUAAACAUGGGCAUGCGACUUGAGGAAACAGUCCGAGAGGGACGUUUGACUAAGGAAGUCGGCGCUUCUAGUCAUGUUAAGAAAUUCUCCAAUAAUUUCUCCAAAAAGAAAGAAUCAGAUCAACAACAACAUGUUCAGCAACAACCACCAAAUCAACAGCAUCAACAGCCUCUACAACAGGCUCGCUCUCAAUUCAACAGUCAAAAUCGUAUUCAAAAAAGGCCACAGUUUGAUCCUAUCCCAAUGUCCUAUGCAGAAUUGUUUCCUGCACUGCUAGCUAAAAAUCAUGUCCAGACAAGGUCUCCACCACCUGUGCCAAAGGACCUUCCCUAUUGGUACAAGGCAUAUCGAUUUUGUGCUUACCAUCGAGGGGCACCAGGACAUAGCGUUGAAAAUUGUUUUGGUCUAAAGUCAGAUGUUCAGAGGCUCAUAAAGAGUGGUAUCCUUUCAUUUAAGGACGUAAACCCCAAUGUUCAAGUUAAUCCUCUACUGCAACAUGGUUCAGCCUCAAUUAACAUGGUAUAUGGUUGCCCGGGAAGUUUCCGGAUCCAUGAUGUACGAUUAUUGGGAGAGAGCUUAGUAAAGAAACAUGCCAGAUAUAGCAAGAAUGGUUUUGUGCCUCCACAUAACUAUGCCAAUUGUAGGGUUUGUUCUAGGAACUCUCAAGGAUGCCUAACUGUUGUAACGGAUCUCCAGGAUCAAAUGGAUCAAGGUUACAUUGAAGCCUACCGAGACAGAGAUUAUAAUCAAGUCAAUAUGGUCAAUAGUGACAACAAAAUGAAUGUCAUAGUUCCUCAGUUCAACGACUCUGAGCCUAUACAAAUUACUUAUGACAGUCGGAAGACUUCUGUGACUCCUCUGGUCAUUAACUUACUGGGCCCAGUUCCCUACCAAUAUGAUAAAGUUGUGCCUUACAAGUACAAUGCUACAAUGAUUGAGAAUGGAAAUGAUGUCCCUCUACCCUCCAUUGUUAACAUCGGUGAUGUAAGCAGAGUCACAAGGAGUGGGCGUAUAUUUGCAAAAAGGACUGAGGAUGUCGCGGCAGAAAAGAAGGCUCAUGUUGAGAUCCCUUUUGAACCGGUUGGCCAAUCUGAUAACAUGAAUCUGAAAAGUGAUGAUGAUGAGGCUCACCGUGAAGCUUUGCAGAAAGUCUUAGAACAAGCUUAUGUAGACCAUGAUGUGACGGUUGGACAAUUUGAUGGUAUCGUCACUAACAUCACGUCCUGCAACAACUUGAGUUUCAGUAAUGAAGAUCUCCCUGAAGAAGGAAGAAAUCAUAACAUGGCACUAAAUAUCUCAAUCAACUGUAUGAAUGACUCUUUGUCAAGUGUGUUAGUUGAUACAAGAUCGUCUCUCAAUGUCAUGCCGAAGUCGACACUUUCCAUACUUUCUUUUCAAGGUGCUUAUAUGAGGAGUAGCGGGAUUAUUGUCAAAGCUUUUGAUGGUUCCAGAAAAACAGUCAUUGGAGAAGUUAACCUUCCUAUGACCAUCGGACCUCAUACUUUCCAGAUAACAUUCCAAGCGAUGGACAUAGAAGUUGCGUAUAGUUGUUUAUUGGGUCGGCCUUGGAUCCAUGAAGCUGGGGCAGUCACUUCCACUCUGCAUCAGAAGCUUAAAUUUGUGAAGAACGGGAAGCUAGUGACAGCCUGUGGGGAGAAAACACUGGUUGUGAGCCACUUAUCAUCUUUCUCUUAUCUUGAACCUGAAGAAUAUGUUGGAACUCAAUUCCAAGCCCUUUCUUUGAUUGACAAAUAUAUCAAGAGAGGAGUAUCCAUCUCUUCAUUCAAGGAUGCACAACGGCUAGUCAAUGAUGGAUUUUCUCCUACUUCCAAGAAGAUUGCAGAAGGAAGUAGUUCUGUUCGUUCAAUCAAAGAAACUUUCCAUAGUGGAGGGUUCAUUAAACCAGAAGUUAGUGUCGUCACUGAGGAUAAUGAUUCAACAUGGGAACCCUACUGCGAUGAUCCUGAAUAUGAUCUUGAGGCGGAAGAUGCAUAUGUGCCUUUAUACUUUCCUCAUCAUAGAGAACUUGAAUACAUCCCGAGGUCAGAAGACGAAGCAGCUGAAGCCAAUGCCAUUAUGGAAGACAAUCCUAAAGAUGUUCCGACCGACUUCAUAGAUCACAGAGUAAUUCGCCAAAACUGGACUUAUGUUGAUGUUCCUGUUGUUGUUCACAUUUCAAAGUAA